UGAGGACCCGGGAAAAGGAAGUGUGAGGACCACUGGGAAGAGAGAAGGGGUGUCACUAUUUCCGGAAUCCGGCCUGGACUUGAGAGCAAAGAAAACUACAAAUCCCAGCACAUCCCGCGGCUUUGGAGCCCCGCCCCUGGCGAACUACAACUCCCGGUAGGCAUCGCGGUAGCACUGACGGCUUGCGGGAUGCGGUGGUGAAGGUAGUUACCAUGGAGUUGCGCUGAGUAAGCCUGAGGUAGUGCGACGCCGAGGCUGGAGGGAAAGCAACUGCGGGGGUAUUUCCAUUUUGACAGGGAACAAUCCCUGAACCCAAAGGAAUGAAUCCCUAAUGGUGGAGUUUCAGGCACUGGUGACAGGCUGAACCCGGACUCCCAGGGCCAAUGCUUACACCUGACAAAUGAUGGCCUGAGCUAUGAGCAAACCGGACUAUAUGAACACUUCGGUGCAAGAGCCCCCUCUUGACUACUCCUUCCGAAGCAUCCACGUGAUCCAAGACCUGACGAGCGAGGAGCCACGGACAGGGCUACGACCAAUAAGGCACUCAAAGUCAGGGAAGUCACUGACCCAGUCCCUGUGGCUGAACAACAAUGUCCUCAAUGACCUGAGAGACUUCAGCCAUGUGGUUUCAUUGCUUCUGGAGCAUCCAGAGAACCUGGCCUGGAUCGACCUGUCCUUCAACGACCUGACUUCCAUUGACCCUGUCCUGACAACUUUUUUCAACCUCAGUGUACUCUACCUCCAUGGCAACAGCAUCCAGCGCCUGGGAGAGGUGAACAAACUGGCUGUCCUCCCGCGGCUCCGGAGCCUCACACUCCACGGGAACCCCAUAGAGGAAGAGAAGGGGUAUAGGCAAUAUGUGCUGUGCACCCUGCCCCGUAUCACCACAUUCGACUUCAGUGGGGUCACCAAGGCAGACCAUGCCUCAGCUGAAGUGUGGAAACGCAUGAACAUCAAGCCCAAGAAGGUCCGGAUCAAGCAGAAUGCACUCUGAGGUUCCCAGGGCCCCAGCAGUCCUAAAGGCCGAGGAUGGUCAGUUUGGUUUGACAAUAAACGAUUUGAGCAGUUGAGCAGAUGUGAAGUCAUCUGUGCCCUGUAAAAAUGUCCUCCAACUCAGGCAACUGUCAGUAGCUCCAGUCUUACUUCGCUGAUAAGAGGGAGGCAGUGGAGGGAAAGGCCUAUUGGCCUGGGACGCAGGGGACCUGGUUCACUGUGUGGCCUUGAGAAACUUACCUAAUCUCUCUGGGCCCCUUUCUUUUACUCUUCAAUUCAGAUAUCCUGGGGUCAGAGCUGCUUCACAGAGCGCCAAGUUUCUGUGGAAAUGCCUCAGAGAAGAUUUUAUAGGCUGUGAUCUCUGAACCCCCCACUUCAAUCAGAUCAGAGUGGUUCCACUGUUUUACAUGCUGGUGUUCUGCUUGAGAUUUCAUUUGAUAAAAAGAAUCUUCUGCUUGAAAACAGUGGCUUGCUGGCUCCAUGUCAAGUAUCCUUGGUCUGCCUUUACCCUCCCCCCGCAACCCUGGGCUUGUUGGUAAUUCCACUGAACCUGAGGCAGGGCCCCCAACAGUGACAGCUGCCUCGGAUUCAAGUUUGUUCAGCUUUGACAGUAUUCCCAUUAUCGGGGAAGGGAUAAGCAGUCUUAUCCAAUCUGAGGUUAGCCCAGGCCGAGUUCCAGCUAAGACCUGGGAGCCCUGAACC